UGAUUUGAAGUUAAGGUGUUAUGAUAUUAUGUAGGCUGCACUAGUAAUCACGUGUACUAACUUUAUUUCAAUAAAUUAUGGCGGAAGAAAACUCAGAUGUACCGUCGGAUAAAGAAAUUGAGGAAUUAGAAAAUGAAUCCUUACUUGAGGAUACCGCUAAUGAUUCUGAUAAAAGCGAUGAAACUUCUGAGUCUAAUGUCGCGGUAACUGAUGCUCAGGAAAGAGACAUACACGACAGAUUGAGUACAAUACCCGAAGAAAAUGAUAGUUUAGCUAGUAAGAUUGAUAUUGUGGAAUUCAAAGAAACACGUGAAAUUGUGGAGCUCAGGGAAAGACUGUUUACAUUAGGAAAUGCAGUCGAGAUCGGGGGCAUGCCUGCCGACGGGGAGGCUGCGUCCGACGGCGCGGGACGUCGCGAGUCGGUCUCGGAGGAGGAGGCCGCGGAUCGCGCCGCGCAGGCGGAGCGCUACCAGAACCUCGUGAUGGAGCUGACGGUGGCCCGACACCGCAACCUGCUGCUCCAGAAGAAGGUGGUGGAGCACUUCAAGAAACGAAAGAUGGAGAUAGUAAGCCAAACCGAAGAGGACGACUUUGUGGAUCCCGAUGUGAAAUACCAGAGGCAGCUGCAGGAGUUCAAGGAGCUCAAAGACAAACUGAGCGAGCAGGAGCAGAUCAGAGAGAACGAGAUAGCCGAGCUCGAGGAACAGUCCCUCGAACUGAACGAAUCCAGCCAGGCCAGCCUGAACGAGCUGGUGGCGUACGUCAAUCAGGCUCUAGAAAAGUUGCAGCACGGCAAGGCUGAUAAAGCAUUCCAAAAUGAGGUGGUGGAGCGGCUGACGCGCCGCCUGGUGGGCCGGCUGGGCGAGCUGGGCCGGCUGCAGCUGGAGCACGCCCGGCUGCGCGACGGGGUCGCCGCGCGGGAGGAGAGGAAGCGCGGCCUGGAGGAGUGCUGCGGGGGCCCGCAGCUGGCCGACUACGCGCGGCUGCGCACCGAGAACCAGGGCCUGGUGGCGCGGGUGGAGGACCGCGACGAGGAGCUGGCCCGCCUGCGCGCGCGGGCCAUGCGCGCCGUGCACGACCUGGCGCACGUCCGGCAGAAGGCCUGGGCCGCGGAGCGCGCCGUGGGGGACGCGACCGGCCGGCUGCGCGACGUCGAGGAGCAGCUGGUCCAGAUGCGGGAGGAGGUGAGCGCCGCGAAGAAGCGCCGGGACCACCACCGGGCGGAGACGGAGCGGCUGCGGCGGGCGGCGGGCCUGGUGGUGGAGCCAGCGCUGCUCCGGGACUACGAGCAGAGCCUCGAGGAGGCGGCCCGCCUGUCGGCCGAGCUCCAGAACGUGCGCAACUCGCACCACGACGACCGGCGCCGGCUCGCGGAACUGCGCUCGAUGCUGCGGCUGGCGCGGCUGCCCGACCGUUCGGGCUCCGUGGAGUGCCUGCAGAUCUCGAUCCCGUGCCGUGCCGCGCCGGGCGGCGGGCGCAAGUGCUGACACCCUAGUCCAAACCUCACUAGUCGGAAAUUUUUUUUAUUCGUCAUUUUCACACACAGUUAAUUUUUUAUGUGCUUGGAAAACAUCUUUAAAGAUUCCAGUCCGCAGACACCUGUAAUAAAUUAUAUAUAUAUAUUUUUUUUAAGCAACUUAUUAAAGUAACUGAAAUUAUUUGUAUUUUUUUUUCUUUUGAGUUAUCAUUGACCAGCAGAUCAGAUUAUUCUAGUAGAGAUUGAGUAGAUUUGGUUUUUUAAUUCUUAUAAAGUGAGUUGUGUUUCAUCUUAGAUGUGUUUAUUACAGAUAUUUAAAAAAAAAACUAAUAUAACCUUGCAGUUAUUUUAAAAAUAUAUAUAUAUUUUUUUUUUUUUCAAAUUUUCAAAUGACAAACUAUAAUGUGCCGAAAUCACCCGGACCCAAUUGGUGCUGAAAUGGUCGUCGUUUGCCAGAGUUAGCCUGGUGCAGUUUCGUCCCUCCACACCUUCACUCUGUCCUUUCUAGGAGAAGGUGCUGAGUCUGAUCGGGUCGAACACAAAAUGGGUAUCAAGAGCUGAGUGCACUUUGAGACUUUUGCUUCUAGUGGCUUAUUGUCUUGUAACAGUGAACACAGAAAGUCUUUGUUAUACUGAACAGAGAGCAGUAGUAUUAUUUUUUUUGGGAGAGGCAGUGUAUCUUUUACACCAGGUUGAUAAAUGCAGUACAUCGCAUUAACGUCAGGCAGGAAACAAAACCAUGUAGUGUUAAAACAUCUUAAUGACACUUAACUCAAGAAAUAACAUGCCUCUAUUAGUUUCACAUCCCUAAAUCUUUUGAGUUUGUAGCAAUUUUUGUUGAGGGGGUAACAAUUUUCGACCGUUAACGAAAAUUCCGAUCGCACGAGGGGAAAUAGCUAGGUAUGUGGUGGGAGAACCAGGAGAGUAGGGGAAUAGUUAGGUACGUGGUGGGGGAACCGAUAAGAGUAGACAGCAGGGAAAUGUAGAAAUGACACAGCAUACUUGUACGCUUGCACUUUCGCGCUCUUGCACACUUUCAUGUGCGCGGUUGUUUCUUGAGGGUGGACGUCGCUCUAUCCCCACUCCGGGGCCGUUGGCGCGGUCGGUGAUUGGCUGAAGCAGCCUUGAGCGGAAUCCACGUGGCAGCGUGCGGCUCAAGUUGAACCCCGCCACGCUGCAGGGAUAGGCGGGUCGCGGCGGUAGGGACCCGCCUGACGCCUCCCUGACUUAAGGGAUUAUUUGGACAGAGGGAAACACAAUGGGGUUUGAGCUUAUUGUUGUGCACCAUGCCACUGGCCAUAUUUGCAAGAAAAUACUGUUCUUUAUGUAUUAUUUAUUUAAUAACUUGUGUAAAUCAGUAUUUCUAAACAGUGUUAUGUGAGUAUUGUUUUAGCUGUGUAACUUAAUAUUUUUGCUGGUAUAAACU